AUGGCCAAAUCCUCCAAGAUCGGCAUCGUAACAGACCGCAUACACGAUGAAUACACUCGCGGGCCCGAUGUCUGGUCGACAUUCAAUCCCGCUGUAUUCCCUGAUUGCGUCAAUCUAGGGCAAGGUUUCAUGAACUGGGCUCCACCGGCCUUCAUUCGCGAGUCGCUGCAGGAGCUAUCAGACAAACGAGUCGACGUUCACCACUACUCGCACCCAAAGGGGAGGCCGAGGCUGAGGAAAGCGAUUGCGGACCAUCUCAGCGAGCAAUACCGUAAGCCUCGCGACCCCAGCCAAGAUCUUGUAGCUGGCGGCUCGUCAUCCCUCCCCAAGCAGCGCAAGGAUGUAGGCGCUCAGCUGGACCCAGAGACCGAAGUCCAAAUCACUUCUGGCGCAAACGGGGCAAUCUACUGCGCCACGACCGCCUUUCUCGAGCCAGGGGAUGAAGUCAUUUUCAUUUCGCCACACUUCGAUCAAUACCAGUGCGAGGUGACCUUCAUGGGCGCCAAGCCUGUGCCAAUUGCAUUGCUGCCGCCGAAGGAGGUACGAGGGUCAAAGGGAAGCGAUUGGAAGCUGGAUUGGGAAAAGAUCGAGGAGGCCAUGAAAUCGCCCAAGUGCAAGGCCAUCAUCUUCAACACGCCGCACAACCCUGUAGGAAAGGUGUACGACGAUGAGGAGAUCUCGCGCCUCGCCUCACUUUGCAUCAAGUACGAUUUGCUCUGCAUUGCAGACGAGGUGUACGACAUCCUCACUUUCGACAGCAAGCCUCACCUGCGCAUUGCGUCGUACGAGGGCAUGUGGAACAGGACGAUUACCAUAAGCUCAGCGGGCAAGGCCUUUGCUGCUACAGGAUGGAGAAUCGGAUGGGCUGUUGGCCCUCCUCAUCUCAUCAAGCCAGUUCUCGUCGUCUCAACCCGCAUCAGCUUCUCCACCAAUAGCAUUGCAGCAGAGGCAGCGGCGGUAGGCGUAGAGGAAGCGGCGCAACGCGGCUUCUACCAGUCUCAGAUCCAAGAAUACGAAGCUCGCCGUGGGCAACUCUGCUCUGCCCUCGACACCCUUGGCCUGCCGUACACCCUCCCAGAAGGCGCCUACUUCAUCAUGGUCGAUGCCUCUGCGAUCCAGAUUCCCGAGGACUACCCUUUCCCUGAAGAUGUGCAGAAGCACUACCGGACUGCCUAUUUCGUGGCCAAGGAGGCCAAAGUCGUUUGCAUCCCGGCGACGGCCUUUGUGAGCGAGGAGCAUGUGCCCAUGUUUGAGAAGUGGCUAAGGUUGAGCUUCUGUAAGGACGAGGAAGGGAGAGAGGGUGGUGAGCUCGAGAAGGGUGGCAAGCAGUUGCAGGCGCUCAAGAAGUAUAUCAAGGCGUGA